AUGAUCACAAGGCGCAAGUGCCUUAGUGAAGAUAUCAGCAGUGUUGGCCUCAGAGGCCACGUACGCAAGUCGCAACUGACCACGCUGCUGCAGCUCACGAGCAAGAAAGUAGCGGAGAGCAAUGUGCUUCGUUCUGUGCUCCAGGCGCUGCUCCCGUCACAAGGCCAGCAUGGCCUUGUUGUCUACGUACAGCACUGGAGGAGAACGAGGCGGCUCUCCAAGGUCAGUCAGAAGGUAGGAGCAACAUAG